GAAUCAGAUUUGUUUGGUUGACAUUUGGCUGGAAAUAAAAACACAAAUAAAUAUUGCAUUCAAUUGAAUGGCACUUCAGUUACGGGAGCGACGGGUCACUCGAAAGCACAGACUUUUUGCUUGAAUUGUGUUUACAGUUAGCGCUAAAUGUGACAAACGAUUGACGCAAACAAAUCUCAAACACCAAAACACAAGCGUUUUUGUCGUCUGUUUCGUUGGAAAAGUGUUUUUGUUUUUGAACCCAAAUAAUAGUCAUAUGUUUCGCACCGCAAAUCACAUCCGAUUAUCUUCUCAUCACUUGUGAUAUCACUCGCGCGGACACAAUGGCGUCAAACUUCAGACUAUCGGACGACGAGUCGGCCGCUGAUAAACGGCUGAUACCGACGACGUCGACGAUAGUCACCGCAAGCGGUUCUCAAUCAUCGUCGUCACCACCGGCGCCGCCAUCCGCGGCCACAAUGAGCCGCCAAUUGUCUAAAUUAUAUCCAAUCCAUUGGCUCGUGUGGCACAACCGACAGCAACAGCUGGAACUCCUACUCAACACAACGCCCCAUAAGUUAGACUUAGAGACACGUGACCCGAGGGGUCGGACACCACUGAUGCUGGCGGUGACGUUAGGCCACUACCCUAUGGCCAGACAUCUACUCAGACAUAACGCUAACGUUAAUAUUGAGGACUCCCUCGGAUUUAAUGUAUUACACGAAGCGGUCAGUAGUGAUGAGCCGGAGUUUAUACGGGAAGUGUUGGAGCGCAGGGAUUGGCAACGGUAUACGAGUCGUGUGGACGGCAUUCCCGUGUUGUUAAAGAAAAUUUGUGAUACACCAGAUUUUUACGUGGAAAUGAAGUGGGAAUUCACGAGUUGGGUUCCACUGGUGACCCGUAUGUGUCCGAGCGAUACCUAUAAGAUAUAUAAGAGUCGGUCGAGCGUUAGGAUCGACACAACGUUAGUCGGUUUCGAUCAGUCAUCCAAUUGGCAACGGGGUAGCCGUAGCUAUAUAUUCACGGGCACCGAGAACGGCGCCGUAUUCAUGGAAGUGGAUCACGACCACAAGCAGGUGAUAGUGGAGACCAUGAAGAUGUUGUCCCCAGAUAUGGAGGACACCAUCGAGAUGUUGAAGCCAUCGGACGAGUUGGUGAACGCCCGGCUCACCACUCCCACCAGCACUACAUUCAUAGACACCGAUAAAAUACAUUUUGAUAGGUGUAAAUCUGGAAUAAUAGGCUUCAGAACCGAUAAGAUCGAGAAUAUUAACGGUUAUGAGUCUAAAGUGUUUUGCGCCCAAAACGUGGAAGUGGUCACUAAGACCCGUACGGAGCACCUGUCGCCCGAGGAUAAGGAGCGACAUAACGCGGCCGCCGCUAACCGAUUAGCGCCCCUCCAGUCCCUGUUAGGCAUGAUUGAGAUCGAAGAGAACACUCCCAGCCCUCCGGUGGCCGACGAGUCCGUCAAAAACAAAGACGAUUUGCCGGUUAACCCACGGAAUCCAUUCAACGUAACGGCUGUCCAGUACUUUGACGCCGAUUACGACCUGAAGGACAGGGAUAUCGGGCGACCCAAAGAGAUGAGCACAAAAAUACAGCGAUUUAAGGCAAACCUAUGGCUCUGCGAAGACUACCCGCUGUCACUACCGGAACAAGUGUUGCCUAUUGUUGACCUCAUGGCCAUCAGUAGCUCUCACUUCGCGAAACUCCGCGAUUUUAUUACAUUACAGCUUCCGUCGGGCUUUCCCGUCAAAAUCGAGAUUCCAUUGUUUCACGUAUUGAACGCCCGGAUCACUUUUGGUAAUAUAUUCUCAUUGGACGAAGCGGUGUCGGGGGUGACCCCUAUCAGGGAUGAGGCCGCCUGUGCCUGCGUUGUCGACGAGUCCUGCUUUGAUCCGCCGCCUAAUUAUCGGAAAAUAGGUACGGGUGAAAUGAGGCAAAUGAAUAUGGAUGACGACGAUGUGGUGCAGUACGCCAUCGAGCAGUUCCUCAUGGACGAGGGCACUGAGACGGAUCAGGUGACCCUCUGGGAGGCAUUGAAAGCACAACAGCCCGAUAUGGACCAAGACUUGCAAAGAGCAAUUCAAGAAAGUUUAGUCGAAUACCAGAAAGGAGUGAAUAGAAGGGACAGUACUUCAGAUGAAUCUCCGCACGAGUCGAGUAAACCGGCG